AUGUCGACUGAGACCGCGUCCCCGUUUCGAAUUUCGCUGCACGACCAGCUGGGCCUGGAACGCAAUGAGGCUUUCCGUGCCAUGCGCGAACAGCUGCGCCGUCAGGAUUGCGGCAUGGAAGGGCCUAGCUUCUGCUCCGGCCAUCGACAUGAGUGUACCUCCGCCGAGCAAGACACCUUCCGCCUGCAUCGCGACAUCAUCCACACUCUUCUCGUCCCACUCUUCCUGAUCAACCACCAAGCCGAACGAGUCGCUGCUCGUGCCCUGCUCAGCAAAAAGGGCGUCGAGCCCGAGCGGGCGUUCCGCGGCGAGGCUCGCAGUGCCUUUGCUUGGCUGAACUGCAUCCUCAUCGAAGAGCACGACUGGUAUCUGACCGCGCGGUGCCCCGCCUGCAUCGUGCUCCAUGUUCUCAACUCCGAACCUACAAUCCGCUUUGUGACAGUAGCUGCACAACUCGCCGGACCGCGUUCCGGAUUUGGCUGCUGGCUCUCGGCCCUCGAGACCGCCGUGUGCGAGGACCCUUUCUGGGGCAAUUCUUUCUGGCCCGAGAUCGAGGAGCGCGCUUCGCGCUUAACGGAAGGUGUGCAGCAGCUGGUUCGCCAAUGUCACGAGCUACAUACUACUCUCGACAGCCCGCCCUGCACCCCUCCGUUGACCAAGUCCUCGGCCCCCGUCUACGAGCGUUCGACUACCCCCUGCACUAUUGCUAUUAAGCCCUCUAGUUUUGCCCGGAAACAACUCCGGCUCAGUCGCGAGGAGCAGCGCUAUCGGUCGUCGAUGGCCUGGAACGCAUGGAAUUGCUCACAUGAGAUGCGCCAGCCGCUGGGCGGCGGCGCCCCCACCCAAGUGCGCCGACGUUCCAUGACGUCUUGA